UCAUCUGGCGCCAAAAGCGAGCAUGGAGGAAGUGAAAAACAAACACGCUAAAAGCAUCUCAAUUCUAUCCAGAAACCAUUCAAAACGAUAACAAAACAUCUCUAACCCAUACCAACAACCCUAUACUUUUACCUAGCUUGUAAAAAAUAAUUAUAUUAACCCGAAAAUAAAACUUCAGAACAAAUGGCACCGCCUCCACAUUGCCGGUUCCUCUAUGAGCAGCAGAAGGUGUACCGGGCUAGCUUCGCGCGGAUCGGGGGGUGUCGGCGCCAGACGGUGCUCACAACUACACUUUCUUUCGACCAUCCUCGAGCACACGUCCGCGGCUGGAAAGGAGCGACGAGGAACACAUACACAGCCAGUAUCAUCCUCAGUAAGGCUGUUAGGGAGCGGAGAUGGGAGACGCAUCGGUUGCGAUGCGGAACAGCAGUCUGGCCGAGAAGAAGAAGAUGUUCGACGAAAACGUGAAGAAACACCAGAGCAAGAUGGCCAACAACCCCUUUAGCGGGUCGUUCAAGACGGGUCCGCCGAGGUUGGCCAAGGACGACCCUAACUAUGGAAGGCCGGUCGCAGGCAGCAAGUCCGAGAUGCGAGGCAAGAGGGCGGCGCGCCACAUCAACGCCGAGGUGAUGCUCCUGUGCGACAUGAUCCACCAGGAGGGCCAGCAGCUCGAGGACGGCACCGCAGUCAUCUCCUUCGGCGACCUCUUCCAGAUAUACACUCGUAUCAGCAAAAAAGCGUGGGGAAAGCUGCUUCGGGCCCGGAAAUACGGCCUAGUGGACUUCGAGGGAGAAAUGCUCUUUCAGAGACGUGACGACGACGUGCCCAUCCUGCUGACGAGGUCCAUCGCCUCCAUCCGGGACGAGCUGGGCGAGGACAAGGAGUUCGACGUGGGCGUGUGCCACCAGGCCAAGAGGGAGGCCGGUGACACCUCGUAGUGCCGCCGCCGCCGCAGUGCCGCGGCCUCCGGCUCCCCGCGCGCCCUUCUUCGUGUUGUUGUUAUCUCCUCGUUCCGCGGGGCUUUUCUGCGAUUCCUCUGUCUGUUAUGUUUAUUUGAUCCGCUUAUUUAUGAAUUAUUUAUUAUCCACUGUUUCUCUGAGCCGCUGUAUGUAAGAUGUUUUUGAUUUUUUGGACGAAAGAAAAAAAAAAAACAAUAUAAGUUCCAUGUCAUAACUUGACUAUCUGAUCUUCGUCUGGCCAGCGUAUCUUCCCUACUCGAGCUCUAAAUCAGUACUUCAUCUUAUGGAUGUAAUUAAUAAUUUAAUAACUCGUUUCAGAGUGUGAAACAAAUUAUUAUAUAUCUAUUUAACUCCUUGAUAAAUAUCCUCUAUUUAUUUUUAUACGAUCAACUUAUCUAAAUCACACCUAUUGUACUACUGAACUGUUUUAUAUUGACUGUAAGUGUCUAGAUGUUUUAUAGAUUAAGUGAUAAAGAAAAUGAGAUAAUGAGAUAAGCCAAAUCAAGCUAUGCAAAGUAACACCGUUAGUUCCUCUGAAUUCCUUUCAGUGUUAUUCUGGAUUUUGGUUUACAAUGUAAUGUUACUGCCCAGUAGAAGUUACAACUUCCACUGAUUUAGGCAUGUUGACUCCACAGGUUAGUGUUUGGACAAUCACUUUGUUCACAUGUGAUUUAAUGUAGAUAUAGAAGCCAAAUGUUUUGGAACAAUAAAUUUAAUACUAAAUGUU